AUGGUAAGUCAGGCGAUAAAAGGAGCUGAUCAACCACGAGCUCAGUGGUAUUGGAAAUCAAAUUCUGAUCCAUGGUCAACAAAUGGAAAUGAAGAAUGGACAAAAUAUGCUGAUAUCGAAUCAGCGAUUAUCGAAGAAGCAUUUAAUCAAAAGAAUAAAAUAAAACUAGCUGAACUGGAUAAUUAUUCGAUUAACUUAAACGAUUGCAUUCAAAUCAGUAAAUCGGAUCCAAAUAAACAACGGCAAAUAAAACGGGUUCUAACUAGUAGAAAUGAAAGUCAAGGUUUAAGAGAAGAAAGAUUCUUUCUCCCACCAGCAUUGAGUAAAACGUUCAAUGAUGACUGGGGCAAAGAAGCUUAUAUUUUUCUGUCACAAACACGCUGGAAUCAUAUGCCGAAGCCACCGGCCAGCACAGAUGUUGGAGCGGCUUUAUAUCAACUACCAAAAACUGCACAAAAGCCCAAAACUUCGGCAAUAUCCUAUUCAUUAUUGACGCCAGCGAAAACGGCGGCAUAG